AAUUCUGUUCGGAAACGGCGGAAGACGCAAGAAGAUGCUGAACUGAUUGGAAACGCAGCCGGCGACUCAAUAGGAGCUGCCCCUGAAGGUACAGAUGCUAGGCCGAAGGACCGCUCGAACCGACGGUCGAUAUCGAUAAACGACUUUCGCUCGGAAUCUUUGACAAGCGAGGCAUCUCUAAGAUUGCAGCACGCUGAGGUGUCGGUGGAUCUACUUUCGCCAGAGUCAUUAUCUGUGAUGGGCGUACGAGGCCCGACAGGGACAGUAACGGGAGCCCGUCGAGUAUCGUUUCCACAAGGCUUCCUCAGCCGCGCCAGUAUAACAUCGCGUGGAUCAUUGUGCUCUUUGAAGAGCGGGGUUUCCUGUGUGCUGGAGCCGUCUGAUGUCCUCACGUGGAAUUCUGUCCAGCAUCCACCUCAAGGCAUGAACGCCGCGGAAUUUGAAUCCCCGCGAUCCAGUGCUGUCAACGUCGCUGCAACGCCAGCAGUCGCCCCCGUGGCGCAGGAGGAGCGGGUAGCUUCCGAUGAUGUAGGGGACUGUCCAGCCGAAGUCGAUGAGUUGCAGGGACAUUUGCAGCCAAACCUACAGGACAGCGUGUGGGCAUACUUCAAAGGCGAGCUGUUUGGAGCAGAUUUCGAUGAGAGUCCCGACGUGAAAAAGGAAAGGAUACAAAACUUUCUCUCGGUGCCAAUGGAACUUGAGAAGUUCGUGCUGUUUGGAUGUACUAUCUGCUUCGAUUCCUUUUUACACAUCUUCACUAUCCUCCCGCUGCGGAUCAUUGUCGCUUUCUGGGUUGGUUUCCGAAGUAUUUUUUCAAGGCAUAUUCACAUGAAGUCUGCUCAAAAAUGUGACCUCAUGAAGGCGGCUUUGAUUGUCCUGUGCUCCUACAUGCUUCAACGAUAUGACGCGUCGCGGAUUUAUCAUUCUGUGCGCGGGCAAGCCCUCAUAAAGCUUUAUGUUAUCUUCAAUUCACUGGAGAUCUGCGACAAAUUGUGCAGCGCAUUCGGUCACGACAUUCUCGACUCACUCUUCUCCAAAGCAACUGUGAAAUACACGCUAGCCAAUCCCAAUGGAGGCCAACGACAAUUCGGAAGGGUUAAGCAUUUCCUGGUCGCCCUCUGCUAUGUGUUCGCUCACAGCUUAGUGUUGUUCUAUCAAGUUAUGACACUCAACGUGGCCAUCAACUCGUACAACAAUGCGCUGCUGACGUUACUGAUAAGCAAUCAGUUCGUGGAAAUCAAGGGAAGCGUCUUUAAGAGAUUCGAGAAAGAAAACCUAUUUCAACUGAGCUGUGCUGAUGUGGUGGAGCGAUUUCAGCUAUCGGUGUUCCUCGCUAUAAUCACGCUGCGUAAUCUGAUUGAGCUUACCGGAGGCCUGAGCAAUCUGGAAUCGGCCGUUACUUCCUUCUACGAUUUGUUCUCCACAUCGAUGUUUGCGCCUUCGACGAUCUUCCAGCAGCCAAGUUUUGCUGCCAUCCCGACAGCGUCCUCCGUGUUAGCUGCCUUUGCUCAAGUGUUUUCCUCUCCCACGUACAAGAUCUUUGAGAGCCUUGCCACACCCGUGAUCGUUGUGCUAGGCACCGAAGUGCUUGUGGACUGGCUGAAGCAUGCUUUCAUCUCGAAAUUCAACUACAUCAAGCCGAGCGUGUAUGGAAGAUUCAGAGAUAGUUUGUGCAGAGACCUUGUGGGAAUGCGGCCGACGAGUGGGUCGGACGGGAGGCGCGAAUCCAAGACUGGGGUUUCCGGGGACGAGCAUAUGCACGCUCGAGAUCCACAAAUGCAGUUUGUGGAUCAAUCGCCGGCUGUCGCUCGGCGAAUAGGCUUCGUCUCGAUCCCAUUGGCGUGCUUGGUCAUUCGCGUGACCUACCAGACUCUGAAUAUGUUGAUCUACCUUCGUUCGUCGGCAGAGCCGAUGGGCGGGUCGGCAUCUCAACCCACGAUGAUGGCAGUCCUUGUCAACCUGUACAGUGAAUGCGCCUAUGCAUGGACGGACGAGAUGAAGCGAUGGUCUUCGGAGGCUAUGUUUACCGAGGACAGCUUACGGUUGCUGUACGCCGCAGGGAGCAGGGUCUGGCAGGUACUAGCGUCGAAAGGGUUGACGUUUUACACGGACUUUGUUUCAAAGUUCUUUGCAACAUAUGGACCGUCUCUGGCGAUCGUUGGAGCGGUAUACGUCUGUUUGCUUCUGAUGAAGAUUGCAGUUGGCAUGUCUAUGCUGCGGAUCGCGCGACAACGCACAAUCUUUAGCGAGCGGGAUGACUUGCGGUCCUCAACGACGGCCACCCCGGAAAAACACAGCAUGCGCAAACGGUCGGUUAUGGUUCAGAAUGAGGCAUCUACACCGCAAGCUCCGCACAAACAUCCGGGGACGAGGCCACCCCCAGAAAAGCUGGACACUAUCGAUCGGUUUGAGAUGGUGAAAUCCCGCAUAGUAUAGAGAACAGCUCUCUCUACGUAGCGUAGCAUGGUCAUCAUUC